AUGCCACCAAAAACAAGUAAAAAAGUCUCUGUGGCCAAAAAUAAAAGAGCUACAAAGAAAAAUAACUCUAGUUCUUCUACCGUUACGAAUGUUAAGGGUUUGAGUGGAACAGUAUCAACACGUAUUGCUUCCUUAUUGGAUGCCGCUCCCGUGAGUGAUGUGCAAAACAAUCUUGUUAAACCAGUUUCCACAACCCGCAGGAAUCAUACAAAUGUUUAUGAACGUCUCUCUACCAUUCUUCAUAGUGUUUUUCUUGUUACGAUGGUAAAAAUGGCCCAACUUCGAGUCUCUCACAGUGACCGUAGUAUUACCACAGUUGUGGAUGAUCGUUGGUUGGGAGCUCUUGUACGAUACUGUGGCUUUACAGUUACGUUGACGGAUAUCAUUGAGUGUGGGGCCGCAUUUUGUGAUUGGUUGAAAGUUACGGUAAAUGUGAAUUCAAAUAGUGUACCACAACCAAGUGAGAGUGGGAUCAUGCAGGAGAUUAUCCCUGCUACUCCCACAGAAUCACUGACAAGAAUGAUAGUUAAACUAAAACUUCUUCGUGAGAAUGUACCCUCUAUUGCAGAGUCUGUGGCGUUUCUGCGAGAACGAUGGGGAAAGUCUCAGGAUUGGAAAAAAGAUGUUUCUUUGCUUUUACAAGGCGCCAAUCCCACCACAUUAGUAGGAGAAGAAGAUAAUGAGAAGAAAAGGAAUUUACCGGAUAGUGGCAUGUCAAAGGAAAAGACAUCUUCAUCUAUAAACAAUAAUGAUGUGGAGAAUAAUAAUGAUAAUGAUGAUGGUAUUAGUGAUGAACAGUUGUUGGCGCAACUUUCUGCAGAACUUCGUGCUUCUCUUUCAAAAGAGAAAUUACGUUCUGUAUUAGAGCAGAUGCGAAGAGAAGCAUUAGGAUUGGAUGCGAAGGAACAGGAGGAAAUAACGAAACGACAAAGAAGAGAACGUCUUUUAUCAACAUAUGAUUUAGUGAGGAGUGUACUUGGAGAAACACGUUCUUUAUGCAAUAUGGGAGUUUUGAUUAAACAAAUGAUGGCACAAAACCGUUUUGAUGAUGACAUGGAAAGACUUCUUCAACAAUUGGCUUCUCUUGUGAAAUAUAAUGAAAGUGGCAUUAUAGUAUAUGCUUUAGAUGAGGAGGAAGAACCGCAAAAAGGAAAGAAAGAGGAGGAUAGGGUCACACCUUUACUCAAGAUAAGAAAUGUGGAUUUAACACAUUGUACUCUGCGAGAUUUAGAUUCAGUACUGCUUCGUUUGGAUCGUCACAGUGCAUCCAGAGCGAAACUGUACAAUGCAUUGCAACGCGAGUGA